AGCCGCUCAAAUCCCAGCACACAGCCACCCGCAUCUGCUGUUCACACCCAGAAGAAGAGGACACCCAAUACCCAAUCAGCUGGCAUCUGCACAAGGAGAAGAAGCCCCAAAAAUCUGUUCUGCACAGAAGGGAGGACGCCCACCCAGAUCUGUUCGUGAAAGAGCCAACGCCGCCGACAGCCUCUGUUCUUCUCCGCCAGCUUUGUUAGGGAGGGACAGCAGCACAAGUUUGGCUCGUUCUUCAUUAAAAUCUCAUUGUUUUUCCUGCUUCUGCUGUCAGUCUGAGUGACUGAAGGUUGGAUCGAAUGGGGUGGGAAUUAAGAGGACGUAUAUGCGGAUUUUGAGUUGGGUUUGUGGGUUGGUUGUUGGGUGUUUUGUUCUUGGCUUGUACAGGAGGCCUCUAGAGAUUUUUAUGGGGAUAUUAAUGGCGGAUGUUGGUACCUACUUCAAGUUUUUGGCUCAGGGGACUGAGUUGAGACAUGGGUUUUGGGGGUUUGGGUGUCUCUCGCUUGUUUUGAAUGUUUUGGGCUGUUUCUGAUGUUUUGUUUGGGGUUGGUGGUCUUGCAAUUUGGUUUGCUUAACAAGGCUGUUAAGCAGCUUAUCUGGGAUAUCAGAAGGAAAUCAAGGGAUAUCAUAACUUCCAUACGUGUUGAUUUUCUGGUUUUUUUUGUUAUUUAUUAUAAGUUUUUGUUUCAUCCUAAUUUAUGAACAGUAUAGUUGAGUGAUAUUUAUUAUAUUUUUUUAAUUGAAACAGAUAACCAAGAUUCAAGAUUGAGGGAACUAUUUUCAGAUGUCUAUACUAAGGGUUUGCCUUUUCUGGUUUUAGUUUUGUCCUUCAUAGUCAUGUCUUUUCUUGCAGUGUUUAUGGAGUUAGAAAGAUAUAAAAUCAUGCUUGUUUUAGGUUUGGCAUUGGGUCAACUAGUGGUGGCAUUGUAUAGACAUUUAGAAACGGUUAGGAAUUCAACCUUCAUGAGGGGACCUCACGGACCUUUUUUACAAUCCUUGAAUGUUUUAGUGGGUGGUGUGGUUACCUAUCUACUUAACUCCAUUUCUCAGUCCAAUAUCAUCUUAUUAGUCUUUAGUUUGGCUACUUUAGUGAGUCUGAAUGAAUUGAUUCGACCAACCAUAGAUUUUGGUUCAAUCAACUCAAUAUUCUCUUCUAUUGUUAUCUAUUUUGGUUUUUUCUCGCAUCAAGGUUUAAGGAUUGUAGUUGCUCUGUUAUGUUGUUGCACUCUGUAUGUCCAUUUUUGUAGACAGGCUGCAUGGCACCAAGCGGCAGCCAUGAGUUCGCCACAAUCUGAAGACCUUAUAUAUAUAAGUAAUUCAAUUUUAUUACAUCUAAUUAGGACAUCUUUGAUUUUUCUUUUUCCAAUUUUAUCAUCAUAAAAA